UGGACCAUUUUGUCAGUGAAAGCAACCACCCCUUGCUCUUUCUCUAUAUAUUUGUUGAACUUUGAUAGUCUAAGAUCAAACAUCUUCUUCUCUUUCAAGUGUUCUGCUCUUACAAGUUCUAAACCCCAUCUUUUCUUUAAGAAAAGCAAUCGUUUCAAAUAUGGGAAUUCGUUUGCCAAUCAUUGUUCAAGCCAAGCAUGCAAUUCGAAGGGCUCUAUCUACUCCAACAGUUUCGGAAGUACCCAAAGGAUAUCUUGCUGUUUACGUGGGGGAAAAUGAGAGGAAACGCCACGUAGUACCCAUAUCAUAUCUAAACCACCCUUCAUUCCAGAGAUUGUUAAGACAUGCAGAAGAGGAAUUCGGGUUUGACCAUCCAAUGGGCGGACUGACAAUUCCUUGCAGAGAAGAAACCUUCAUUGGCAUAACUUGCAACUUGACUUGCUCAUAAGAAGCGCCAAAGAACAAAAAGCUCCCAACUGGCAUGAAGAUUUCUAACUCGAAUGACAACAAAGCUUGAUCUCAACGGUUUUGGGAUUCAUAUUUUUUUCUGGAUCAACUCCAGUUUGUAAUAUAACAGAAUUUUUCC